AUUAAAAACAAUUGUGUAAUAAAGAUAAGAAAAGUAGUUUUUAAAGCUUCAUAAGUGCUCCCAUUGACAACAUACCACAUUAUAAAUUUUUGAUUGCUAGGAAUUCAAUAAAUUGACAAAUACUUAUCAGUUAAAAGCAAGUCAUUGCUUUGAAAUUAUUAUCAAAAAAUUGACAGCUUGAAGUGUUUAAAGAUACGCAUUGAAAAUGGCAAGAACAAAACGAAAAUAUCUGGUUGCUCACCACCCUCAUCAUACGCAUCAUCAUCAUAGUCAUCAUCACAAUCAUCACCAUCCGCAUAGAGCACAAGAUCAAAAUCAACAGUCAUCGAUACCACCAGUCGACUUAGAAAUGUCGAAAAUACAAGAUAUAGAGGAGGGACAGAAAAUUGUAAUGCAGUCACAAAAUAACAAUCAUGUGAUUCACAAUGAGACGAAUGGAAGCAACAGUGCACCUAAAAUAUGGCUAUAUCUAAUAAAGCACUGGCCAGUUGCAUCGCAACCGAUUGCAUUGGUGAUAAUUUUCCUCUUAAGCUGGGGCAUUGCUUCAUCCUUAUUUCCGGGUCAGGUUUAUAUUCAUUCAACCAUAAUGCGAAUAAUCUUUCUUUUCAUCGGUGGACAAGCAUGCGGAUAUUUGGUUAGUUUCGUUGGCUUGCCAGAUAUGCUUGGAAUGAUUGGAUUCGGUGUUCUUUAUAAAAACAUUGGUGUCGGAUACUUUGAUGGUUAUGAGAAGCUUGAAGCGGCUUUGCGAGAGAUGGCAUUAGUCAACAUUAUGCUGCUGGCAGGUCUGGGCCUCGAUCUCGAUGCAUUGAAGGCACUAUUUGGUAUCAUAAUGAGAUUAACACUCAUUCCAACGGCAACAGAAGUCGCAGUUAUUGCUGUAUGUGUACAUUAUUUAUUAAAUUUUCCAUGGCUGUGGGGUAUACUAUUAGGCCUGGUAGUGACGGCAAUUUCACCUAAUGUUGUCGUUACUAUUUUAUUAAAACUGAAAGAGGAACGUUUAGGCUUAAAUAAAGGAAUUCAUACAGUCAUUAUAGCCGUAACCAGUUGCAAUGAUGUCAUCGCAAUUUUUCUAUUUGGCGUUCUACUCGGAAUCGCAUUCUCGACAGGCAAUUUAACUCAUCAAUUAUUGCAAGGACCAGUUGGCAUUGUUAUGGGCUGCGUAUUCGGUGCUGUGUCUGGCUUGGUGAUUCUCAAAUUUCCAUCUGAUAAAUCGAAAUAUGCAAAUGGCUUACGCUUUACAACGAUCGUCCUUUGUGGAGCUUUAUCAGUGAUGGGAAGUAAAUAUCUAGAAUAUCCAAGUGCAGGUGCUCUCGGUUGUAUAUCAGCAAGUUUCGUUGCCGGUACAGGAUGGAGACGUCGUCAACUAAAAGACCCAACAUUUACAACAGAAGUUGGAACUUAUUUAGAUUUAUUAUGGAAGUUCUUGAAGCCAGUGUCAUUUAGUUUAAUCGGAAAGGAAGUUGACUUUAAAGUGUUGGAUGGCAACAUCGUUUUAUAUGGAAUGAUAGCACUUCUUGCUGGUGUUGCCAUUCGUCUUGUGUCCGGUUAUUUUUCAUUUUGUGGUGGCAAUAUGAACACUAAGGAGAAAGCUUACAUUACUUUGUCUGGAUUCCCGAAGGCAACAGUUCAAGCUGCUCUAGGACCCGUUGCAUUAGAUUUGGCACGAUCCCAAAAAUCAGACGAUGCAACUUACUCGCUGGCAAACAGUGUACUUGUCAUAUCGGUCUUGGCAAUCAUUUCAACUGCUCCAUUAGGAGCUUUGUUGAUGACAAAAUUAGCACCAAAGUGGCUGAAGAAGGAAAACGCCAACGAUGAGGAAUUAUAACAUGUUUAAUUUAAUUUAAUGAGAAUUUUUUUGAAGCUCCUCCCACUCUUGCUGCUUUUAAUUAAGUUUUCUUGUUCUUUAUCCUGCUAAAUGAUGUUGAUGAUCAUAUUCAUCUCGUGAUUUGGUACUUAGAUGAAAAAUGUUAGGGAUAAAUUCGUGUGGGGUACUUAAGCUCUUGAGUCUUAUAUUUAUGGAAUUUUUAUGAUGUGGAUUGUAUGUAGUUAAAUAUAUAUUUUUUGAUAGAUUAAAUUUUAAAGUUUUGUUGAAACUUAAUUGACGCAUGAAGUUCACUUUUAAAAUAAGUACAAGCUUUUAAUUUAUAGUCUUUAAAAUGACAUUUUGGGUACUUAAUAUUCAAGAUUUUUAAUAGUUUUAAUUUCUUAAAUAUAUUU